AUGACGCAAUCGAGCGCCUGCGGGCGCACCACAGUCGACACAACGCCUCAAGGCCUCAUCUACGGCGCACCUGCGCACAUCAACGCGUCAAGACUCACCAACACCCUCGCCUCCAGCAGUCCAGUCCCAGGGCAUACCGCGGUCGAGACAACCCACCAUCCCCAGCGUCCCGACGCCUGUCGACCCGUCGACCAUCCACCAUCGACGCUCCGCUCCUGCAUGCCUCUUUGGCUGUCACGUCCCCAGAGAUCGGCCGUCCGACGCACCGUCCCCACACCCUCGACGCACUCCCCGCUGUCAGACAUCAUCCACGAACCCGUUAGCGGGCGUGUGCAAACCAAUCAGGACGCGUACCGCUACUCUCAAUGCCCGUCGUUGUCACCUGGCCCGGAGCGGGAUGCAGACCAGAGCGUGCUUACGCCGACCACUCAGAAUGUGCAACAUACACUCGCGCUCGAGAGGGACCAUUCGCUCUCGCAGAACCCGACGAACAUCACUCGUACCGCCGUCCCGAUCGGACGCCCGCCGUUCCAUUACAGCUCCAACUCGCUCGCUUCUGCAGGGUACGCUCACCCGGCUUCCUCGCAGUCGGUCCAGCGCACUCGCAGUCUCACUCGGGCCUACGACUGGACGCUCCCUGCGCUCACGACCACGCAUCCGCACGGUGCCGAGACUUCCUCACAGGGCAUCCCCUUCACCGCCGGCGACGUGUCCGCGAGGGUGCCGCAGCCGCAUGCGGACCUCCUCCACGUCGUGCGGGCCCGGCAAACGCAGUACGAGCCGGCGCGUGUGCGUGCGCAGGCCGAGCCGGCACGCGUCGUCGAGCGACCCGCGGACCUCGUCUAG